ACUUUUCUCUGGCCUGAAAUUGCCAUCUCUACAAGAGUGAGCUGCAAGCAGGUCUCUGCUCUCCUUCUAGAGACUUCCACCAACAGCCGGCGACUGUAAGGAUAAACAGACUGAUGUAUUGUGACCCUGUGAGCUGGAGAGGAAGUCACAGCCACGAGUCGCCACUAUGUUGACCGGCUUUUCGACCCUGACCCACAGAACGUGCUGCAGGGAGUCAUUGACAUGAAGAAUGCUGUCAUUGGAAACAACAAACAGAAGGCCAACCUGAUUGUUUUGGGAGCCGUGCCAAGACUCCUGUAUCUUCUCCAGCAGAGCUCCUCCAGUCUGGAGCUGAGGACUGAGUGUGCGGUCGUGUUGGGCAGUCUGGCUAUGGGCACCGAGAACAACAUCAAGUCCCUGGUGGACUGUCACAUCAUCCCAGCCCUGCUGCAAGUGUUUUGUGAUUCUGCAGGUCUCUUGUGUUCUGAUCUGAUCUUCAUCGAGGCAUGUCUGCGCUGUUUAAGAACCGUUUUCAUCAGUCCAGUCACCCCAGUGCAGCUGCUCUACACAGACCCUACUGUGAUCCCCCACCUCAUGUCAUUACUGAGUCGGUCACAGCACACGCAGGAAUACAUCACGCAAAUCUUCGCCCACUGCUGCAAGACUCCAGAACAUCAGACGGUGUUGUUCAACCAUGGUGCCAUCCAGAACAUUGCUCCACUCCUCAUCUCUCCCUCCUAUAAGGUACGGAUGCAGGCGUUAAAGUGUUUCUCAGUCUUGGCCUAUGAGAACGCUCAGGUCUCCAUGACACUGGUGAAUGUGCUUGUAGAUGGUGAGCAGCUCUCUCAGGUUUUUGUUAGAAUGAUGCAAAGGGACAAACCCAUCGAAAUGCAGCUUACAGCCGCCAAAUGUUUAACGUACAUGUGUCGAGCAGGAGCCAUCAGGACAGACGACAGCUGUAUUGUACUAAAGACUCUGCCGUGCCUGGUCCGAAUGUGCAGUAAAGAGCGGUUACUGGAGGAGAGGGUGGAGGGGGCUGAGACGCUGGCCUACCUGAUGGAGCCGGACAUAGAACUACAGCGGAUCGCCAGCGUCACUGACCACCUCGUGUCCAUGUUGGCUGACUACUUUAAAUACCCGAGCUCCGUCAGCGCAAUCACUGAUAUUAAGAGGUUGGACCAUGACUUGAAACAUGCACAUGAGCUCCGACAAGCAGCUUUUAAACUCUAUGCUUCACUGGGCUCCAAUGACGAGGACAUCAGGAAAAAGAUUACAGAGACAGAAAACAUGAUGGACAGGAUUGUUAGCGGCCUAUCAGAAUCUAGUAUCAAAGUACGGUUAGCAGCAGUCAGAUGUUUGCACAGUUUAUCACGAUCUGUACAACAGCUAAGGACGAGUUUCCACGAUCAUGCAGUAUGGAAGCCACUAAUGAAGUUAUUACAGAACGCACCAGACGAGGUGCUGGUUAUGGCCUCUUCAACACUAUGCAACCUGCUGCUGGAGUUUUCACCCAGCAAAGAGCCCAUCUUAGAGUCUGGGGUUAUUGAGUUACUAUGCAGCCUGACACAAAGCGACAGUCCAGCUCUGAGGGUCAACGGCAUCUGGGCUCUCAUGAACAUGGCCUUCCAAGCAGAUCAGAAAGUGAAGGUGGAGAUAGUUAAAGCUCUGGGCACAGAACAGCUCUUUAGACUACUGUCUGAUCCUGAUACCAAUGUGCUCAUGAAAACAUUGGGGCUGCUUCGAAACCUGCUCUCCACCCGGCCGCAUAUAGACCAGAUCAUGAGCUCACAUGGGAAGCAGAUAAUGCAAGCGGUCACGCUUAUCCUGGAGGGAGAACACAGCAUAGAGGUCAAAGAGCAGACAUUGUGCAUAUUGGCCAACAUUGCUGACGGAAACACUGCCAAGGAACUCAUUAUGACCAAUGACGACAUGCUCCAAAAAAUUAAAUAUUACAUGGGUCACUCCAAUGUGAAACUGCAGCUGGCUGCCACCUUCUGCAUCUCUAACCUCAUCUGGAAUGAGGAGGAUGGUGAGGAGCUCAUGACACAUGGUUCACAAGAGAGACAAGACAAGCUAAGGGAGAUGGGCUUCGUUGAUAUCUUACACAAACUCACCCAGGCGUCAGAUCCCAACCUCUGUGACAGGGCAAAAACGGCGAUGCAGCAGUAUCUGGCAUGACCUCGAAGGAAGGCGCGCUACAGCCUCACUAACAAUCUCUAGGAGGAUCACAUCUCCUGUGUUUUUGUUUUAGAUUUGAGUUUUUUUUUUGCUCUUCCUUUUUGUUUUGUUGCACAAGACACCUUUUGUUGUGGAGACCCCGAACAGCUUCGUAAAUCAGAGACACGGUUGCCAGGGGGCCACAGCACAUUUUGGGCUUUCAGCUACGUUGGCUUAUGAUGUUUUCUGCUGAACUCUUGGAACUAUUUUUUGUUGUUUGUUUGUUUUUGGACUUAAUGUGAAGGAAAAAGUUCCUCAAAGUGUGUUGCAGCGCCACCUAGUGGAUUGAGGCUUUGAUGCUUUGGACUCCCUUUGGAGAAAGCUGACUGACCUCUCAGUGCUACGCUUAUAGGAUCUUAGUCUCCUCAUUUUUGGUUUGCUGACUUACUAUUGAUGAUAUUAUUAUAACAAUAAUUAUUAUUAUUAUUUUAAUUGGGACUUUGACACAAAGUUAAAAAAGACUGCUUGUUUUUGUUCUUUUUUUGUGGAUACAUACCUCGUAAAUAUAUAUAAAUAUAAAUAUAUAAAUAUAUUUUUUGGAUUUUUAAUUUACCCUUUCAGGUUGUUUUUUCCCUUUGUAUUUUCCUCUCUGUAAUAUAGGCUAAUGUGGGUAUAUUUGGAGAGGCAGCAUGUUGGGUCAUAUACCGAGACAUUUCGUAGAAACCAUCCAACCCCAAAUAGAAGGUGAAACUUUGUUUGCUCUUUCCACAGUUUCUUCGUUUUCUCAUUUUCACUCCCUUUAUCUUCACACGAAUCGGUCUCCUCAUAACUCCCUCUUUUUGAAGCUCUAUAGUGAAUGUUUCCACUCAAAUAUAUGCAGGCCUCUGCCAUGGAGCAGCCCACUGGUUUGUGUGUUUUUUCCAGGGUCGGGAAGGGCUUUUUAGCGCAGAGGAUGAGGCCUAGCAGUUAUCGCAUGCUUCAGAAAUGUUGGACCUUGGUGCUCAUGUGGGAAAAACCGGUUUGAAUCCUGAAUGCGGCCCUUAUUUUCUGAAAAAAAUGUCCUAUCAUCUACUUUUCCUGCCUAAAAAAAAGUAGGAGAAAAACCAAAUGUAUUUAAUAUAUUAUUACUCAAGUAUUUAAUUUAAUUUUGUGAAAUUGUGAAGUUUUUAAAGGAGCACAGAAGUCUUUAUUCUUAUAAAACAUCACCUUUUGUUUUAUUAUCCUGGUAAGUGUCUCUCGUAAAGCUCGUUACAGUUAAUAAAAUACAUCUGGACCCCUGUUUGCCUUGGGCGUGCCGCCCAUCCCCUCCCCCCCAUAUAUGCAGGCACAUUCCUCAUGCAAAUUAAUUGGACAUGCAGGAAACCCCAGACCCCAAAAUCCAUCAAAGCUCCUCCUAUCCAUAUUCAGACCCCUGACCUAGGUACAGAAAAUAGAAACCAAAGUAUUCUAUUGUGUUAUAAACAACGUGACCCUUCCCUGUUCAAGCAAGUACACGUUAGUCAGGGUGGACAGAUGGCGCGCACGUGCCAACUGAUAAAAACGAGAUGAUGUCCAUCUGGUUCCAAGAGUGGUGCUAAAUUAUACAGCAACUAUUGGAAAGAAAUAACACUGGCUGCUCAGUUUAAGCCAGUCUGUUGCUGGUCAUCAGAUAUCAGAGAUGCUGAGUUGAUCUUCAUUACUGAAAUCCAUAAUCACACGGUCGUGAGAAACUAAUUCAAUCUGAGGUGUUCCAUCAUCUGUGAGGUUCCUCACGGGAGUCUGUUCUUAUCAGGAUAGCAGUUAGAUAAAUACAUACAUACAUAAAAUCAUUAAAUAAAUGGAUCAGUGAAAUAAAAGUGCAGUGCUUUCUACUGUGAUACGACCAACAGCUUUUGAGAAGUAUUGUGAACACUGAAAAAUGGGGAGCGCUAUAGGAUUUUUUUCAUAUAUAUAUAUAUAUUAUGAGAAGGCACGCUGGCAGGAUGGCUAAAGCUGUGUGUAUAGGUUUAUUUCAGUUCAUAAGGUGUCGUGCCAAGCUCUCAGGACCCUGCAUGGGCUGUCCGGCAUAUGGCAAGCUGUCCCCUGUCGUAGUCCGACAACAAAAUAUACUUAAAGUUUCACAUGUUACAAUGACGCAGUUUCACUUAUUUGAUCUGUUUAAGUCCUGUUUGUGGUAUUGCGAUGAUUGUCUUUUGUAUGCCUGUUGUGGUUUUUAUUUUUAUACAUUUUUAAAGGAGAUAGGAGUAAGCUUGGGCAAUAGAACAUGACUUGUUAGGCUACUAUACUGUAUGCUACAGCGCUUGUGGUUGUUUGCUGGGUCAUAAAUGAACACUUGCCAAGUGCAAAUAUAAGUAAACUGGCUUUGGCAAGUAAAUGAAACGACCAGAUGGCUGGUAAUUCUGUUAGCAAUUUUAACAUGCAUGAUUUGAAUUACAUGUAAGAAUGAUAGUUUGAGCUUUUUUUUAAACAUAUGAGUGAAGGAAUCCAAUUACAAGUGAGAAAUUGAACUUUUAACUAAAUGGGAAAUAUUCCAUCAAAAUUUGUAUUUAUUUAUUUUUUUUUAUUUCCUUAGCUCCAGAAAUGAGGUGGCACAUUUGUGACAUUCAUACCACUGAAAUGAAUCCAAACGAACAAGAAAGU